GCAGCAGGGAGCGCUUCCGGGGUGGGGGUCACGCGGGCGGUGUAGGGCCCAUGGCGCGGCGGGUGAAGGGUGCCGCGGGCAGGAGCGGGGUUCCCCCCGCCGCCCUGGGCCCGUCCUCCUCGGAGGAUGAGGCGGACGAGGCCCCGGAGGAGGUGUCCUUUGGCGUGGCGAAGGAGGCGGCCGAGGCCGAACGGAAGCUCGUGGGGGAGGCGGCCCGGAGGCACCGGGAGCUGCUGAAGGAGAAGCGGCGGCGGCGCCAGGAGUUGUUUGCGGAGCAGAAGAAGCGAAAGCUGCUCCCCGAGGCCGUGCUGCAGGAGCUGGCCGCUGCGCCGCCCGCACGACCCGAGAAGAAGGCUGCGGCAGCUAACCCAGGUAAACGCCGUGGAGGUGGGGCUGUGAAGCAGAAACAAGGGCAAGUCCAAAGGCAAGGCCAAGUCAAAAAGCUGGUGAAGAAAGACAAGCAAAGAAAGCGCACCAGGUCAACAGGAAACUAUACAGCUGUGUGCUUAAAAGACCAGAGUUUAACAGGCCUCCAGCAACAGCUGGCCAAAGACUUUAUAAACGCUCAGCUCUACGGACCACAUGCCAACCGGGCACAGCCAAACGAUUUUUUUUCCCUUGAAAACAAGAAAAACCCAGUUAAAAAAGCUGCAGUUCAGUUUGUGGACAAAGCAUGGGGGCAAGAAAAAAAGCAAAAAGCAGCGAGGUUUAGAAGACGUUGGCUCUCAAGACAGCUUAAACUGUGAGUAUGAAGACAGCUUUUUCAGAAGAUGCUACCAAGGACUUUUAUUGGAAGUUAGCCUCUCAAGCCAACAAAGGUGUUUUUCUUCCUCACUGCUCCAUCGUGACUUCACUCUGGAGCUCCAGCCAGGAGCCCCCAGGAGGCACCAACCUUCACAAUACAGUGCCUGAACUCACCUUCCUGUUCUCUUCCCUCCCCCUGUCUGAAGGGGAAGCUAAGGAACAGCUGGGCAUGUGCAGUGACUCUGCUUCAGACUGAUUUACAACAGCAUGAGCUACUACCAGCCUUGGAGAGCUGCCUCCGUGAUGCAGUUCCCUUGUAGAGAAUAAAAAGGUGAACAAAAAGGUGAACGGUGUUGUACUUACUGCUUUGGAUCCUGCAUUUCUUACAGCAGUCAAUGAUUUUUGCUUUUCAUCUCUAAGAGAAAGGCUGUUCCCUAGCACCAGAGUCAUUAAGCCAGCUCAUGUAGCAGGCCACUGCUGUCCAGCCUGAUGGUCACACUGAAGGCAGGUUUUUUUGCCCAUCUUCAGGGAGCACCAAGUAAGCUCCACUGGUGCCCUGACUCUGUGCUGCUCACUAAACUUGCUUUAUGGCAAGUUAUAGCAAGAACACCACAAACCUUUAACUGCCACCAGCCCAGGCAGUGCAGUGCUCCCAUGCAGGGAAGGAAGGGGCAUCUCCCAUUCAAGCAGUGAGACACUUCUCUGAGUAGGCUGACACAGGAAGCGCUGUCCUAGGACAGAACUCUGGAAUCAAGAAAACGUAGCAUACACCUCCAUGCUACCAUGUAUGUAGAAGUAAGUUUUUAAUGGCUGGUUAAUUAUGGUAUCACUACAUUUUAUUGCAAUAUAGUACUAUUUAAGCACUUUUAAAAAUGCAAGGUGUACAAAGAUUAAAUUAAGACUGUAAAUUGACUAAA